AUGUGGCCCAACGACACGCUAGACGGCGGAGUCUGGGUGGGCGCCAAUGACACCCCGGCACACUUGCACUGUCCGUCAGUGCAGAUGCCCGUGGGCAGUGUCGUGUCCAUGCUGCUGUACGCUGUGGUGUGCAUCGUGGGCCUGUGCGGCAACACGCUGGUCAUCUACGUGGUGGUGCGCUUCACCAAGAUGCAGACCGUCACCAAUAUGUACAUCCUCAAUCUGGCCAUCGCCGACGAGUGCUUCCUCAUCGGCAUCCCCUUUCUCAUUGCCACGAUGUACGUGGGCGAGUGGAAGUUCGGCAGCGCCGCCUGCAAAGGCUACAUGAUCAGCACUUCCAUCACCCAGUUCACCUCGUCCAUCUUUCUCUUCAUCAUGUCGGCAGACCGAUAUAUCGCCGUGUGCCAUCCGAUCUCCUCGCCGCGCUACAGGACGCCCUUUGUCUCCAAAGUGGUGUCCCUCGUGGCCUGGGCCACGUCGGCCCUCACGAUGGUGCCCAUCAUGAUGUACGCCAACACGGCCCAGACGUUCAGGAACCGAACGGUAUCCUGCAUAAUUGACUGGCCGGAGGAGGCGGAAGUGCGCUCUGGCACGACAUUCACGCUGUACUCAUUCAUGCUGGGCUUCGCCAUUCCGCUGUGUCUCAUCCUCAGCUUCUACUAUCUCGUCAUCCGGAAGUUGCAGACGGUGGGGCCGAAGAGCAAGUCCAAGGAGAAGAGGCGCUCGCACCGCAAAGUGACCAAGCUGGUGCUGACCGUCAUCACAGCUUACGUGGGCUGCUGGCUGCCCUACUGGGUGCUGCAAAUCUCCAUGAUCUACUCGCCGCCGGUGGUGUGCAAGUCUCGCCUCGAGAUCACCAUCUUCGUGCUGGUCGGCUGCCUGGGCUACUCAAACUCCGCCAUGAAUCCCAUCUUGUACGCCUUCCUGAGUGACAAUUUUAAGAAGAGCUUCCUCAAGGCGUGCACUUGUGCCGCCGCGAAGACGGCCAAUGCCCAGCUGCAGAUCGAGAACAGCUUCUUCGCCAAGUUCGGCAGAAGCAGGAACAGCGUGCUGGAGAGGCUGGGAUCCACAUCGCGCGGCGCUGCCACCACGCAGACCCACCAAGCGCCACAGAGGAAGGACACAAGAGCGGGAAGCGUGCAGCAAUCGCCGCCAGUUGAGGACGAAACGUGCGAGGAGCAGCAAACAUCCAGCACAACACCACGAAUGCAACCUGUUCUACAUACGGAUCUUUAAGAGUGGCUUCGCUGGAUUCCCACCGAUUUUUCAGCCAGACACUGUCCAAAAAAAAAACUACCAAAACUCGAUAGUAUUCAAAGCGAAACUGCCAACAGUUUCCAAUACAAGAAAUAUGUAUUUCUUUUUGCUACGAAAGCCGCUGAAGUGUUUUAAAGGGGAAGAAGAAGAAAAGCACAUUAGCUGAUAAGGAUUCUAAUUGUCAGUUUUUAUUUGUUACACAACGUAAGUCUAAAUAUUCAUUAGUCACUAUCUAAACAUACCAAUUUUAAAGUAACAUUAUUGUGUAUAAAGUCUCUGGGGAUGUUUUUGGGGGGUGAUUUUGACAGAGACGAGAGGGAUUUGCUAGGACAAAAACACAAUGCCAAAAGUGUCAGAAUCAGAAUUGUGCGAUGGAAAGAUGUAAAACUAAUUAAUCAGGAGGAGUUUUCGCAUGACAUUUGAAAUAUUUCUGCUAGCAUAGGAGAUUUGUCUUGGAAUUUAUUUUGGAAUCUGUGCGAAUUUGAAUGGAAAAUCUCUCGCCAGGCAGACACAAAAGAGAGAGAGAGAG